AUGGCGACGCUGCAGUCGCUUGCGCUCUCCUCCGCCGUCUUCCAUUCCCCGCGGCAGCAUCGCUCUCUUUUAGGUGGUCUUCUCCCGUCCUGAACUUGCUCCGUUCUGGAACCCCAAUGUGGGAGUCUCCGACCUGUAAAUUUUUCUGUAGAGCUGGAGAUUUCUGCUCCAUCGUAGGCAACCUGUCGAUUUGUUCUCUCUAGGCUUUUAAUCCGUGGCUUAUUCGAGUUAAUCUCUAGGGAUUCCUGCAUUUUUUUGUGUUAUAAUCGAUGAGAAUUUCGAUUUCUUCAGCGAAACAAGAUGGGAAUGGCUUCCUCCCGUUUCUAGGUUUUAUACUCUGGAUUGUGAUUGUGUUAUUCCGGUCUCGGCAGUAUUUCUGGACCUAUCGCAAAAUGAAGUGAACAGAUUCCUCCAGCGUUCUCAUGAUUUCCCUGAAGAACAUACCACCUAUAUAAUGAAGAUCUCCACGAGGAGAUCGUUUCCGGCGUUUGCCGAACAAAUCUAGGGUCUCCCUUCCUGAACCUCCCCCGGAGGAUGUCAAUGUUGGACUCUGCCCGUUGACUGUAGGCUCUCCCUCCUUUCAGGUUCGACGGCCUUUCCAACGGGGUCUAUUCAGAGCGCCAGCUCCUCCUUCAAUGGCGCCUCCCUGGAGCUCCGUAAACUGAAGUUCACCCAAGUGAGAUCAAGCCGCCAAAUAUCACGAGCGAUUAGAAUGGCGGUCAAGCCGGCGAUCCAAUUCAUUCAGGGGACCGACGAGCAGACCGUGCCGGACGUGAGGCUGACCAAGUCCCGCGACGGCACCAACGGCGUGGCGACCUUCGUGUUCGACGAGCCCUCGCUUUUUGACUCCUCCGGCGAGCUCGGCGACAUCACCGGUUUCUACAUGAUCGACGAGGAAGGCGUGCUUCAGUCCGUCGACGUCAGCGCCAAGUUCGUCAACGGAAGGCCGGCGAGAAUCGAGGCCAAGUACAUCAUGCGCACCUCUCGAGAGUGGGACAGGUUCAUGAGGUUCAUGGAGAGGUACUCCGAUGCCAAUGGCCUGCAGUUCGUCAAGAAAUGA